UCAAAUCCUUCCAAAGCAGUCGCGCAACUUCCCUCUCUCAGAAACCCUAGAAAUGGCACGCACAAAGCAGACAGCCAGCAAGUUCACCUGUGGCAAGGCGCCCCGCAAGCAGCUGGCCACCAAGGCCGCCAGGAAAUCGGCUCCGGCCACCGGUGGAGUGAAGAAGCCUCACCAUUUUCGUCCCGGCAUCGUCGCUCUCCGUGAGAUUCGCAAGUACCAGAAGUCCACGGAGCUGCUGAUCCGCAAACUUCCGUUUCAGAGGCUUGUUCGGGAGAUUGCGCAGGACUUUAAGACCGAUCUAAGGUUCCGGAGCUCCGUUGUCGCGGCGCUGCAGGAGGCGGCGAAGGCGUACCUUGUUGGACUCUUUAAGGAUACGAAUCUGUGCGCUAUUCACGCUAAGAGGGUUACAAUUAUGCCCAAGGAUAUCCAGUUGGCUAGGAGGAUUAGGGGUGAGAGGGCAUAAUUCUAAUUUGAGGAUUUUGUUGCUGUGAUGGUGCUAGAGUGAUGAUUAGGCUAGUUAGUUUAGUUUGAU